AUGACAUCUGAUUUCACGAAAAACGAAUUUAUUGAAUUUAUUAAACAAUGUGAAUUAAAAAAGUUCAAUCACUGCUUGAGCUUAAUCUAUUCAAAUAACACUCAAGAUGAAUCAAUUUUAUCUAAACUAAAUAAAAACCACUUUAACUUGGAAAAUAAACGCUCUGCUCCUAUUAAUCCAGCGUUUGUGGGUGGUAAAGCUCUAUCAAAGAUUUCUCAAGAAUCAGAUGGAUUGUGCAAACAAGUUGAAUGUCGAUUUGGUAAACAAUUGAAUUUUGAUUGGCAAAUAGUUUGCAUUCUACUUUUACCUUUUUACAACCAUAAUUAA